AUGUCAAACACAAGGAUGGAUGCUACUUUACCCUUGUUGGAGGAUCAAAAUGGCAAGGGAAGGUACUGGAGGUGGAUCAAAGUGCUGGAUGUGGCAGAGGCAAAGGGCCAAGUCUUGUUUUCACUGCCCAUGAUCCUUACUAAUGCUUUCUACUACUUAAUAACUUUGGUGUCUGUCAUGUUUGCUGGUCACCUUGGUCAGCUUGAGCUUGCUGGCGCAGCUCUUGGGAAUUCAUGGUGCACUGUCACCGGCAUUGCUUUUAUGACUGGUUUAAGUGGAGCACUUGAGACGCUUUGUGGUCAAGGAUUUGGUGCAAAACUAUACAGAACAUUAGGAAUUCAUCUACAAGCUUCCUGCAUCAUAUCCUUUCUGUGCUCUAUGAUCAUAAGCAUUAGCUGGCUUUACACCGAGCCUUUACUCAUCUUCCUCGGUCAAGAUCCUCAAAUUUCUAAAACUGCUGCUAUUUACUUGAAGUACUCUAUUCCAGGCUUGUUCGCAUUUGGAUUCGUGCAAAACAUCUUGAGGUUUCUUCAGACACAAUCAGUUGUCAUGCCCCUCGUCCUGCUUUCAGGAAUCCCGAUGUGCAUUCACGUUGGUGUGGCUUAUGCACUGGUUCAUAAGACAGCUCUUGGUUUCAAAGGAGCUUCACUGGCGGCUUCAGUGUCAUUGUGGAUAUCAGCCAUUGUGUUGGUCAUAUAUGUGAUUUAUUCAAAGAAAUUUAAACAAACGUGGGAGGGGUUUUCAUCUGAAUCAUUACACCACAUCCCAAUAAACUUGAAACUAGCCCUGCCUUCUGCUGCAAUGGUGUGUUUGGAGUACUGGGCCUUCGAGCUUUUGGUGCUUAUAGCUGGAAUGAUGCCGAACGCUGAGCUAACUACGUCAGUGAUUGCAAUAUGUGUGAAUACACAAGACAUUGCCUACAUGUGUACCUCUGGUCUAAGUGCUACUGUGAGCACAAGGGUGUCUAAUGAGUUGGGAGCAGGAAAUCCUGAUAAAGCUAAGCAUGCCAUGGCUAUGACUCUCAAGCUCUCUGUUCUUCUUGCUCUUCUGAUUGUUUUAUCCCUGGGAAUUGGUCACGAUAUCUGGGCUGGCUUCUUCAGUGAUGACCUUUCCAUUAUAAAAGCCUUUGCCUCGAUGACACCUUUCCUUGCUAUCUCUAUCGCACUUGAUGCUUUCCAAGUUGUGGUUUCAGGGGUAACAAGAGGGUGUGGGUGGCAGAAUCUGGCUGUUAUUGUAAAUGUAGCAACAUUCUAUUGCAUUGGAAUGCCGAUUGCAGCUAUCCUCGGAUUUAAGUUUAAGCUUUAUUCUAAGGGAUUAUGGAUUGGUUUAAUCUGCGGUCUCUCAAGCCAAACCUGCGCUCUGUUGUUGAUUAUACUGCGUUCAAAAUGGACUAAAAUGGAUCUAUCAGAGCCACAGGAUGAUGGCAAGGAAAAUUCAAACUUGCCUUGA